AUGAACGCCUUCACCAACGCCGUUUCGGCUUUGGCCCUCGCCUCAGUGGCUACUGCUCAGUAUGCGCUUCCCGCAAAGGAUGUGCCCUUUAUCGGUGGCAACGUCUUCAAGAGCAACGAUCCAGCUGUCGCCGGUUACCCCUUCUCUUAUUCUUCUCCUUUCGAUCCAGAGCAGUAUGGUGGCUAUUACUAUUGGUCAGUGAACAACGACACCGUCAGCGGUAGCAACUUCACUGGCUAUGGCACCAAGGAGGGCUAUCUUCUUCCAGACGGCGCAACUGGCAAGUAUCCUUUCUUCCAGAUCAGCGAGGGCCACCCCAAGGCAAUCAACAAGACCAAGCUGUUCGGCACUUGCACCCCAGCAGCGGGCAACUCCUGUGCAGCUACCCAGUGCGAGGGCAAGUUCAAGAAGGUCCUUCAUAUUAUCUUCGAGAACGAGGUCUACAAGUGGACCAUGGGUCAGGCCUACUGGAAGCUACUAGCUACCCGUGGCAAGCUGCUGACCCGUAGCUACGCUAUCACCCACCCUUCCUUGCCCAACUACGCGGCUAUCGUCGCUGGUGACUUCUUCGGUAUGGCCGAUGAGGAUUUCUACAAUGUAAACGCCACCAGCAUUUAUGACCUCCUCGAUGCUAAGAACAUCUCCUAUGGUACCUACGCUGAGUGGUACAACCCCAUCGCCACUCACCGUGGUCCGAACGACUGCAACAACUACAUCACGAACGGCCCCAUCGAUAACACCAACCCGGACUGGUCGUCCCAGGUUUACCGUCGCCUCGACGUCCCUGCUCUGCUCUUCAGCUCCUACACUAGCAAAUACGAGCGCUGCAGCAAGAUCUACGGUGCCAACAACACCUUCGCCGAUCAUGUCAUGUCCCACACUCUGCCCGAGUACUCCUUCUACGUCCCGGAUAUGCUUCACAACGCCCACGACCCUACCUCGGAUAGCAACUAUUUCAACCAGCCCAACACUGGCGGUGAAUGGCUCAACGCCUUCUUGGAUCUGUACCUGCCCCAUCUUGAAGCUCAAGGCACUCUGGUUGUCGCUACCUUCGACGAGGCUACAUGGUGGAACGACGCUGACUCUGACCCCAACAAUGACAAUCACAUUGCGACUAUUCUGUUUGGCGCCGGUAUUACCCCCAACACUACCGAUGACAGCUACAUCACCCUGUACGGUAUGUUGCGAGGUGCUAUUCAGAACUUCGGCCUGGGCUCGCUCGGCCGUAACGACACCAAUGCCACCAACGGUAACCUCUUUGACCUGGUCGAGCCUUCCCACGCAAACAAGAGAGCAAAAUUGUGCGGUGAUGACCACGGUAACUAA